AUGCCGGGUAGUCUUCCUCUGAUCUGUAGAUGGUCCCGUCGCAUGCAACGGAAGGGCCAAAACUUUUUAGAGCUGCUGGACGAUGUUGAGCAAUUUAUUUUCCGUCCCUAUUGUGCCUCAUCAGAGGGCUUUAGAAGUAUGCCCCUCUACGCUGACUCUGAUGCUUUAAUGGAGGCCUUGGCCAUGCCAACACAAGGUUGUCGGUUACGUAGAGAGGCAUUGUUGAGUGCCGCAUGCCUCCCUUUGCCCACAUUUGGUGAUGACCACUUGGAGAUUUCUGUGCAUUAUUCCCCUUACCGGGUUAGACGACAGCUUGGGUUUGACCAAGGCGUGCCCUCUCGUCCCAACCAUGGAGGUUCCUUGACCUUGCACAGGGUUUUUUGGACUGGCGACGGUGUGCCGGGAGACGGCAGACCUCUUGCCCUUGCUCUGGCCAGCCGGCAGCGCGUUGGUAGUCUCUCAAAGGCCUACCAAAAUUAUUGGAACCGUUGCUUCGCCUCGUUUAGCCGAUUCCAUGCUGCCCAUUGUGAUAGACUGAUUCCCACCAUCAUUCAUCAUGCCCGUUUAGUGUCGGAAGAGAAGCGGAAUCUGCCUUUUAUUUCCAAAAGCGGAGAGAUUGUUGGUGACUUUUCGAAGCUAAAGCGGAAGUUAGAAAAGUCGGGUUCUCACAGCACCGGGAAAAGUGCUGUACAUGGGAAACGGAAGCGAGAGGAAAGCUGCAGCGCCGAGAAAAGGCAAGCUGUAAAAGGGCCGAAAAGGUUCAUCCCCAAGGUAGCAGCAAGUGGUCCUCCUAGCUCAAGAAAAGUUGCCUUGCCAGAGCCUUUGCAGCAGCAGCCUAUAGCUUCCGGCAGUAGCGAGCGAGCAGCUCCAAGAGCUUCAUCUCCUCACGGUACUUCCCAAAGUAAAGGCAAGGGUAACGGGUUUUCCGUGACCCCAAAGCGUCGAAGCAUGCGUAUCCUUGAAACGCGGUUUGCUAAUACCCGUAAGAAUAAAGGUGAAGACUCGGGACCCAAAGUAGUGGUGACGGUUGAUGAUAAUAGUGAUGAUGAUAGCGAUGACAUUGGUGCUGCGGGGACUGAGAUUAACAUUCAUGAGCAAGAGAGCGCUCCAUCGGAGGCUGAUUUUGCCCUUCCCACUACUGUCGCUGAAGCUGUCCCUAAGCCUUCCGGCAGUGCAACCUCCUCCUUCUCCUAA